AUGGGGUUUGCAGAUAGAUGGGUGAAGUUGAUUAUGAUGUGUGUCAAGUCGGCUAAUUAUGAGAUCCUAAUUAACGGGAACCCUACUGGUCGAAUUUACCCCUCAAGGGGUAUUAGACAGGGGGACCCUAUCUCACCUUAUUUGUUUUUAUUGUGUGCAAAAGCUCUGAGUUCCCUCUUGUCUAAGGCGAAGAGGAGUGGUGAACUAGCUGGAGCCCCUACUUCCAAAAAAGGACCGAGGUUAAAUCACCUCUUUUUCGUCGACGAUAGCCUGUUAUUCUGUAAAGCUACACCUUUUCAUUGGAGAAAAAUGGCAGCAAUUCUACACAGUUACGAAAUGGCGUCGGGGCAACGGUUAAAUCAGGCAAAGACGUCAAUUUUUUUUAGCCGCAACACCACCACAGAGACACAGCAGGAAAUUUUGAGGGUGACGGGGAAUCCAUGUACGCAGAGAUACGAUAAAUAUCUAGGCUUGCCAGCACUGGUGGGAAAAUCACGUAAUCAAUCCUUCAAAAGCAUAAAGGAUAGGGUGUGGAGGCGAUUGAGUGACUGGAAGCUCAAAUUCCUCUCGCAAGCGGGGAAAGAAAUUCUGUUGAAGGCCGUGAUCCAAGCUAUACCGACGUACAGUAUGAGCAUUUUCCUUCUCCCUAAGGGAUUGUGCACCGAAAUUAACUCUUUGAUGCAAAAAUUAUGGUGGGGGCAUCAAGAGAACGAUUCUUGA